CAUACAGAUACAGACACAGAUACAGAUUUUACACGUUGACACGUUGACGUGUUUCUUGUACGUUGCAGUCAGUCUGAGUCUUACCUGCCUACAGCGCGCUGUCGUGAGAAGAAAGACCACGAGUCAACAUGGGGUUGGCAUCAGAUAUGAGCGGUUCUCCACUGGCGAUGUCUUCAGUGCGCCGUUAGACAUGGACGAGCAGGGAAUGAAGCAUGGGCCAGGCGCCCAGCAAGACCAAGAACACCCGAAUCACGUCCCCAUCGCCAUCGUUGGGAUAGGCUGCAGGAUGCCUGGUGGAACCACCGGCCCGGCCAAGUUCUGGGACGUCAUCAGUGAAGGGAGAAACGUCAUCACCGAGAUUCCUCCGGACAGAUGGUCCCUAGAUGUGUACUACAGCGAAGAUCCGCAGAAGUCAGGCACACACGUGACGUGCAGGGCGGGGUUUGUGGACGACAUCGACAUGUUCGACCACACCUUCUUCAAGAUCUCACCUCGUGAGGCCGCCAUGAUGGACCCCCAGCAACGUCACCUGCUGGAAGUGUCCUACGAGGCAUUUGAAGAUGCAGGUAUCGUGCCCGAGAGUGUGUCUGAGUCAUGUGGUGUGUUUAUUGGCAUCGGAAUGUUCGAUUACCAUAUGGGUUUAGCCCCCGACAGGCACCUGUUCAAUUGCUAUGCCAACACAGGUCUUGAACAUAGCUUGGCUGCAAACAGAAUCUCCUUUGCCUUUAACCUCAAGGGACCUAGUCUCGCCGUGGACACUGCGUGCGCGUCGUCCCUGACCGCGCUGCACCUCGCCUGUUCCUCCUUGAGGAAUAAGGAGUGUCACGUAGCUCUGGUUGGUGGCUGCAACAUAUUGCUUAAACCAGAGGUAACAGUGGGCUUUAGCGCAUUGGGGGCGUUGUCGCCAGAUGGACUCAGCCGUCCAUUUGACGUAUUAGCCAACGGAUAUGUUCGCAGCGAAGGAUUUGGCACCAUUCUACUCAAGCCACUAACAGAUGCUGUAAAAGAUGGAGAUCAUAUAUACAGCGUCAUAAAAGGAAGUGCCAUAGCGGAUAACGGCUUUAGUCAAAGCAUUACAAUGCCUUCAUCCAGUGCACAGGGGACACUAAUGAAGAACACGUACGCCCGCUUCGGUGUGCCCUUAUCAAGUGUAUCGUACAUCGAAGCUCAUGGGACGAGUACACCCGUUGGAGAUCCCAUUGAAGCUUUAGCAAUUGGCAAUACCUUUGGGCCACAUCGUGUGUCACCACUGAGGAUCGGGUCCAGCAAGAGCAAUUUUGGACACAUGGAGUGCGCAUCAGGCUUAGUGGGUGUUAUCAAGACAGCGCUAAUGAUGGACAGACGUACCCUGUGUCCAUCGAUCAACUACACAUCUCCCAAUCCCGAGAUCGACGUUAAAGCGUUAAAGUUAGAAGUGCAGACGAAUUUGGAGCCGUUUUCAAUAGAUCAGAAGAUGACCGCUGGAGUCAACGGCUUUGGAUUUGGGGGAGCCCUUGCCCACGUCAUCAUGGAAGAGCACAUUGCAGUAGUAACAGACCAAGAUCCUUCCCGCCCUCGGAGUGGAUGGCAGUUCGGCCCAAAUGAUGAAGAAGGGGAUUACGUCAUUCUUCCAAUCAGUGCCAAGUCACAAGACGCACUGACCGACCUUGCCACGAAGUGGCUUGAGUUCGAGGACGCAAAAGACGCGAUCUGCGUCUCUUCGUGGGCCGCAACACGACGAAGCCAUCACCCAACCAGGCUUGCUGUCAUUACCAACUCGGGGACUCGGAUGAGAGAGUCCUUACAGUGCUACAUCAACAAGACGUCCACUUUUGACGUCAUUACCGGGGAAAUGCAAAUGUCCCGACCCAAUAUUUGUUUUGUCUUUCCUGGUCAAGGCCAGCAAUGGAACGACAUGGGUAGAGUGCUGUACCAGAGCGAGCCAAUUUUCAGAGGAGCCGUCAAUGCCUGCGACAAUAUAUUCAAAGGAAUCAGUGGCUGGUCUCUCCUGAAGAAAUCUGGAUUAUUUGCCGGAACCGACGGCGUGCGAGAGGCACCGCUUGACAGUUUGAGAGCUUCCCAACCGGCUAUAUUGUUUAUGCAGGUUGGCCUCUUUGCCUUACUAAAGCAUUGGGGAGUCCAUCCCAAUGCCAUUCUUGGUCACAGCCUUGGUGAAAUUGCUGCAGCUUACGCAUGUGGUGGGUUGACUUUGGCGGAGGCCAUCCGAGUCGUCUACCACAGAAGCACGGAGCAAGAAAAGCUCGCGGGAACGGGGAGGAUGGCGGCCGUACGGGCAUCGAUGGUGGAGGCUAGACAACUUGUCACUAGAUUCCAAGACGUGCACGUAGUUUGCGACAACUCCCCAACUUCUGUCACAGUAUCAGGAGCUACUGAGGCUGUUGAGGCGUUGCAAGAAGAAAACCCAGACAAAAUAAAAGUAUUGCGUGUUUCCUGUGCGUUCCACACCCACCACAUGGAUCCUCUUAAGACGUCCUUCCUUAAGGCAAUGUCCUCCUUUGAGCCAGAAGGAGACGGUAAAAACUGCAUACCGUUCUACUCAACAGUAACAGGAGACCGUUACACUGGGAAGUUUGAUGCCUGCUAUUGGUGGAAUAACAUCAGGGAAACCGUUCUCUACACGUCUGCAACCAGGUCAGUUAUCAGAGAUCACAACCCCGACAUCUACAUCGAACUCGGUGCUUCAGCUACACUCUUAUCUUCCAUUGUUCAAACGCUGAAACAUGACGACCACCUGGUGGAAGUGACGGUGCCAUGUGGGCAGCGACAUCAGAAUGACCGGAGAUGUCUUUUACGAGCCGUGGGUACACUAUACGUCCACGGGGUGGACAUCAACUGGUCAAACGUAACUUCAGACACAGCCGUCUGGACAUCAAUCCCGACGUACGCCUGGCAGCAUCAGCGUCACUGGCAAGAAGCUGAUGCAUCACGCAAGAAGAGGCUUGGUCUUGAAGAUCGUACUUUCAAAGGUCAAAACGGAAACAUCACACUUGAGAUGUUCCCUUUCCUUUCAGAUCACAUGGUUAAUGACAGGCUUGUGUUUCCUGGCGCCGCAUAUGUUGAAUUCAUCGCUCAGUUGACCUUUGGUGACCUUGAAAAUCCCUUCUUAGAAGAUAUACGCUUUAAACAAGUCCUAGUCUGGCCAGAGGUUAGUGGUGACAGCAAGGCCAAGGCGAUAUUGCAGCUUGCACUAAAUAGGGACGGGAAGAAAGUGGAGAUUGUCACAGACACGGUACAUGCGGAAGGUUGCGUUGCUAAGCCAGAAAACGUAUCUUCAAUUAGCGUACCCGACAUUAAGGUGACAAAGGCAUUAGAUACAGUCACCUCCGCAACAUUCUACCAGAGAAUGGAUGGCUUGGGUCUUCAGUAUGGUCCCGCGUUCCAAGUUGUGGAAAAAGCUGUCAUUGGGGACUGGGAGGCAGUGGGUUAUCUAAGGCCAGCAAAUGAUACGCAACAACGGAUACAGAUAACACUGUUAGACGGCUGCUUUCAGGUUGCUAUUGCCGCUAUUGGCCCCAGCUCCACCCUGUAUCUACCAACGCGUAUCGCCAGCUUUAAGAUGUACGUCCCUUCCCUCCCACUAGGGGAACCGCUUGUCGCCCAUGCUACCAUCGUCGACCGUGACAGCGUGCUCUUCAAAGCGGACAUAACCUUGACCACCACCCAGGGGAAAGUAUUAACCCAUAUUGUCGGUUUCGAGAUGCGUGACGUUCAGAGCACCAGUACCGAUGUGACGCCAGACAGCUGCCUGUACGAAACCAAAUGGCAGCCUAUCCAUUCCUGUUUGCCCAAGACAAACAUUUUCUACAACGUAUUUGACACAACCCAUCUUUGGAGACAGUUUGAAGAUGACAUGAAAAUCAUUCAGGCAGUAGAAGCGGUUAUCCCUACACUAAAACGUGUGACAGUAUCCUACAGUCGCCAUGCUCUUGCUGCGGUCACGGGAGAGGAAGUCAAUGCAAUGAACGCACGGUACAUGGAAAGACUCAAGCAUAUCAUUACUGAAGAGUCAGGAAUCGCCACCCUUUCGCUUAAUGAGAUUCAUCAACACUUAGAUGAGAUGGCGCAUAAUGUACCAGCGUUUGAGCUCGACUUGAACACAUUACGACGCCUCGGAGACCUACUGCCCUUUGUUCUUUUAGACCCAUCAGUAGCUAUGCCAACGCUUUUUGAUGAAGGAACCCUAGCUGAGUACUUCAUGUCUUCACAGAGCAUCAAGCUUUACUACCACGCCUGUACAGAGGCCAUUGAGAAGGUCGUAGAGGCUGCACUAACAUGCAAGCAGAUUGUCCGGAUCCUUGAAAUAGGUGGUCUCGGGGGACUCGCACAAAUACUUUUGAAACAUGUCAGGCGUUUCGCAGAGGCAGGCUCCCUGGAGUAUGUAUUCACAGGUCUCGACGCCACCUUCUUUGCCCAAGCAAGUCAGGCUCUUCAGGAUUUUCCAUUUGUCAAACGUAAACAGCUCGACAUUGAGAAGCCAGUGCGGUCACAGGACUUCGUCCCUGGAACGUUCGACAUUGUUAUCUGCACGGACACCCUUCACACAACCGUGGACGCCAUGGCUGGACUGAAAAACGUGCAGAGUCUCCUCUGUCCUGGUGGAUGGCUUGUUAUGCUGGAGCCUACCAAUACUUUUUACAUGUUCGAAAUGAUUUUUGGGUCUUUGGAGCUGUGCUGGGCAUAUGAUGACGAGUACAGAAGAGAUUCAUGUUGGCUUUCCAAGGAAGAUUGGUGCAACCUCUUCGUGAGCGGGGGAAUGACCGAUGUCGUAGGUGUGUCGUCUCCAAAUGAAUUUUUCCAUUCAGCAAUUGUUGGCAGGAAAGGAGAAUCACCAACAGCUGUCGCAACCAUGUCGAUGCCUAACAACCAUGAAAAGUGGAUUCUUGUUGGUAAAGAAGACAGCCCACUCACCAAAACGCUGCUUACCGUCCUGCCCGAAGACACAUUGAUAUGUCAUAUUGGAGACAACGUAAACAUAUCUACUCAGGGCCAAUGCCUUAAUGUCGUCUACAUCUGGCCAGAGGACGAUACGUAUUUGAGGCACACAUUAGCUUUGAUAAAAUCUGUCAGUGAGGCGUCAGAAAUGGUGCAUUGCAUGUGGGUGUUUACAGCAGGCGGUAGCGUAGACUGUUCGAGGCCGGCGACAUCUAUUGUGACAGGCUUUUUCCGAGUUGUCAACAAUGAGGUUAAGGAUCUGCCAAUCUACACGGUCGAUUUGCCCUCAACGACUUGUGCAUCAGGACUGGCAGAGUUGACUGGUACUUUGGCCACACUGUUGUCUGAACCACCAGCCGAGAGAGAGCUAGCGAUCCGGAAUGGCACUGUUUUAGCUCCAAGGCUAACCGGAAUACCUCUUGCAAAGACUGUCUACCCAAAUCUUUACCAGCGCUGGGUUCUUGAUGCCGCUGGAGGUAAGGCCAAAACCGUGGAAGACGUCGAGUUUUACGAACUGCCAUCUGGAUGUCUUUCACGUGAUCAAGUUAAAGUCCAAGUUCAUGCGGCAGGUGUUAAUUUCAAGGAUGUGAUGAUGGUGCUUGGACUCCUUGAUGGUCUUACCCUGCAAACCCAGUUUGGUCUAGAGUGUUCUGGAACGGUGGUGGAGGUUGGUAGUUCUGUGGAACAUGUCAAAGUGGGAGAUGAAGUCAUUGCCUUUGGGGAUCACUGCUUUGCAUCUCAUGUUGAUUGCGACAAGCGCUUUGUUGUGAAGAAGCCGCCAAACGUCAACUGGACCGACGCUGCCGGCUUUAGCAUGGUGUUUCUCACUGCUUACUAUGCGCUGGUUGAGAGGGCGUGUCUUCGUUCGGGCCAGUCAGUGCUGAUCCAUUCUGCAUGUGGAGGGGUAGGACAGGCAGCCAUCCAGAUAGCGCGUGUAGUCGGUGCCCGUAUAAUCUGCACUGCUGGAUCUGAGGAAAAACGAAACUUUCUCAGGCAGGAGUUGGGAAUAACACAUGUUUCUGACUCAAGAUCUACAAGAUUCCACCACGAUGUCCUGCAAUGGACAGAUGGCGAAGGAGUGGACGUUGCCCUCAGCGCCUUAUACGGCAACCUUCAAACUACAACUCUUAAGGCUCUAAGCCCUGGCGGCAUUAUCUGCGAAAUCGGAAAGCGAUCAAUGCUCGAAAACUGGAAAAUGGACAUCGGACAUUUGCUGGAAAACAAAAACUUUCUCUCGGUUCAACUGGAUUUAUUGAUGAAGAAGAAGCCUGCAGAGAUCCAAACGUUAAUGAAGACCGUCAGCAACCUUUUGCAAGAUGGUAUCAUCCAUCCAGUCAAGACCACAGUCAAAGACAUCAGCGACUACAAAGACACGUUGAGAUGGAUUUCGACGGGUCAACAUAUAGGAAAGGUUGUGUUCGAGGUGCCGUCUAUGUUCAGGCCAGAGAUGAUAAAACCGCCCCUGCAAACCUUUGAUGCGCACGGCACCUACCUCAUAACCGGUGGAUUCGGCGGCAUCGGACAGGCUCUCGCCUGUUGGAUGGUUGAUCAUGGGGCUAGGCACAUUGCUCUUCUGUCAAGGAGCGGAUGCAAAACUGCAGAGAACAGGCGAACAGUUGCCUAUAUGGAAAGCAGAGGGGCUAAAGUGCACACGUUUACAGUUGACGUGAGAAAGAAGACAUCACUUGAGAAGAUGCUUAAUCAUCUCCGAGAGAACCCCUUGGUUCCAGCAUUGAAGGGCGUCUUCCACUUGGCUGCUGUCAUUGAUGAUUCAAAUGUUCUUGACGUCAACGAAGGUCAGUUGGAAAGAGCCUUGGCGGCAAAGGCGUGGGGUGCACUCCACCUGCAUGAGCUAAUGCAACAGGACGAGCUGGACAUCUUCUUCUUGCUGUCAUCGGUGUCUGCGACGUGGGGCAAUCCAGAACAGUGCGGAUACGUGGCUGCCAACAGCUUCCUUGACGCUCUUGCAGCACACCGACAACUACAAGGUCUUCCAGCUCUCUCCCUACAGCUGGGUGCAGUCAGAGGGGUCGGCUUCCUCGAGGGGAAGAAGAAAGCUACGGAAAUCGUCAAAGGAAAGGGCUCCCUGACACUCCACAUUAACAAUGUUCUGCAGAUGAUGCCACGUCUCUUACAGGCCCGAGACAUCCCUGUCAUCACACUUGCAAACACGGACUGGUGCAGGAUCAUGCAAUUCUCAUAUCCAACUUCCAUGAAGUAUCGUCAUCAUGUGCAAGUAAAGGAGAAGCCUGCUGACAAUGUCCAAAGUCCGGAUGAGCUGAGGGGACGGCUGCUAGACCACCUCGGACAGCUCCUGGACAUGUCUCCAGACCAGAUCGACCUUGACCAGCCAAUGACCAACUACGGCGUGGAUUCCCUGAUGGCCAUCGAUAUUGUCAACUGGAUGAACAAAACUUUCAAUCGCAGUGUCUCUCAACUUGACAUCUUAAGUGGGAUGACCGCAAGCACACUAAUCGGCAAAAUCACGGUUUAAAAGAUAUUCUUUUUUUCCAUAUAAUACAUUAGGGUAGUGUAUUAGUAUACGCGUACGAGGUUGCACAAUGAGUCAGUUCUGAAUACAAUAUGAAGUAUUAAUCAAGAAAAAUGAUUUUAGGGGCACUUAUAUAUAAUCAUAAUUGGUGUAAGACAUACUGUUUUAAAAUAUUAAUUGGGAAAAUAUUCACCUAAUUUUAAACCUGUGAUUUUAACAGUUGACUUAAACAAUUCCUGAGGAUAGGUCCAGUAACAUUUAGAAUAAAGUAAAAAAUUCCGAGUAAAUGUGUAUGUUUGACCAUUGGCUAUAUGUUUGACUAUUGCAUAUAUUCAUAUUAACAUAUAAGAAACAAACAAUACCUCAUUGUAGAGCAGCCUGUAAAAAAUUGAAUUUUUAAUUACGCGAUAUGUUGUUUCCAAACAGCGACAUAUAAAACAUUUCUUUGUAUCGUGAGUAUUGCUACUAUCCUCCUAAGCAGUAUCAGCUUACAGCUCGUCAUGUACUCAUAGAACAGAAGGGACAGUCGACAUGGGGAUGGCAAUGUUUAGUGUCGUUCGGACAGUACUAGACCUGAACUUUAUUUCUGGUUUAAUAUGUUAGUUAAUGUUUUUACAUGUAUAUAUACGUGCAUAAUUAUUUCAGUUAUAAGUUAUAUGAUUAACGUUACUUCUACUGUUAUCACUUUAUUUAUUAUCAUCAUUAUUGUUAUUAUUUGUAUUAUUUCAUUUAAUAUGUAUUUUGUUCUACACUUUUGCUAUUGUAAAUCUAGAUCAAUCAAGCUCAAAGGGAAUAGUCAAAGCAAGGUUUUAACCCAUACUAAAUGACAAAUCUUAGAAUAACUCUCAUAACAUUUAAUGUAAGAGGAAU